AUGCUCAGCAGAACAGUCAGAAAGUCCUUACUGGACACCAGAAUACCUUUCUCCGCGCUGCCUCCAACUUUCCUCCUCCCAAAUCGCGCUCGAUACUUCCAAUCUACCACACAACAUAUCGAAUCCCCUGCGUCGUCGUUCGAUUCCUCACAAUUACCUACGACGGCAUCCUCGACCCCUACUUCAGCUCCUCCGCGCAUUCUAACGAAGAGGACUGUUCCCCCGCCUCCAGCGCCAAUUGAGACUCCCCUUGCGCUCUCUGAAUCAGUUAAGGAGCUUCUCCCGCUUCUAGCAACACAACCAUCUCACUAUGUGAGCGCACACAUUCACGGCAAGCCAUACCUCGUCACAGUUGGAGAUAUGGUCCGACUACCAUUUCAGAUGCCCGGUGUCGUGGCGGGGGAUGUUCUAAGACUGAAUAGAGCAUCGAUUAUUGGAUCUCGAGAUUAUACCUUGAAGGGAACACCAUAUGUGGAUGAGAGGUUGUUUGAAUGCAGGGCAAGGGUUAUGGGAGUGGAGGCAGAGCCGAUGAGAAUCAAGGAGAAGACGAAACGGAGGAACAGGAAGAUCAAGACCGUGAAGAGCAAACUGAAGUUCACAAUCCUACGAAUAUCAGAUUUGAAGAUCAAGACCCUUGAGGAGGUUGAGCAAUGA